GAAGCUGCCACUUUUGCUAGAGAGCAAGGCUUUGAGACUGAAGACAUUAAAGAGAUAGCCCGGAAGACACAAGCCCUGCCAAAGGUGAACACUAAAAGGCAACGAAUCGUAGUCUUUACCCAGGGGAAAGAUGACACUGUAAUGGCUACAGAAAAUGAAGUGACUACUUUCCCCGUGUUGGUGAGUGAUCAGAGUGAAAUUGUGGAUACCAAUGGAGCUGGAGAUGCAUUUGUUGGAGGGUUUCUCUCACAGCUCGUCUAUGACCGGCCAGUGACUGAGUGCAUCCGGGCUGGACAUUACGCAGCCAGCGUAAUUAUCAAGCGUUCAGGUUGCACCUUCCCAGAGAAGCCUGACUUCCACUGA